CGAGGGAGGAGGCCGGCCACGCCACACCUCGUCGCUAGUGCCCACCUCCCGGUCCAUUCUUUCCUUAGGCGACAGCGGAGGAGUUGCGGGAGAGCGGUCCAGAGCACGGAGCAACCGGCUAGGGGUGCAGCAGGUCCGCUUACCUUGGGAGCCUGGAUGUUUUGCUCAUCGUAAAGAUUCGGUGACCAGUGAUAUCAGCCAUGUCCGUGAGGCCUUUUGAAAGUCCACCUCCUUACAGACCUGAUGAAUUCAAACCCAAUCAUUAUGCGCCAAGCAAUGAUAUGUAUGGCGGAGAGAUGCACGUCAGACCGAUGCUCUCUCAGCCGGCGUACUCUUUUUAUCCGGAAGAUGAAAUUCUUCACUUCUACAAAUGGACGUCGCCCCCGGGGGUGAUUCGGAUCCUGUCUAUGCUCAUUAUUGUGAUGUGCAUCGCCAUAUUUGCCUGUGUGGCUUCCACACUUGCUUGGGACAGAGGCUACGGGACAGGCCUCUUUGGAGGAAGCCUAAACUACCCUUAUGGAAGCGGCUUUGGCUACGGAGGUGGCUAUGGAGGCUACGGCUAUGGCUAUGGCUAUGGGUAUGGCGGGUAUACAGAUCCAAGAGCAGCCAAAGGCUUCCUGUUGGCCAUGGCAGCCUUCUGCUUCAUCGCUUCCUUGGUAAUAUUUGUGACCAGUGUUAUAAGAUCUGGAAUGUCCAGGACGAGAAGGUAUUACUUGACUGUGAUCAUAGUCAGCGCCAUCCUGGGCAUCAUGGUGUUUAUUGCCACGAUUGUGUACAUAAUGGGAGUGAACCCGACGGCCCAGGCUUCUGGAUCUAUGUACGGCUCACAGAUAUAUACCAUCUGCAACCAGUUUUAUACUCCGGGAGGCACUGGUCUCUACGUGGAUCAAUAUUUGUAUCACUACUGUGUGGUGGAUCCCCAGGAGGCUAUAGCUAUUGUCCUGGGGUUCAUGAUUAUCGUGGCUUUUGCUUUAAUCAUCUUUUUUGCUGUGAAAACCCGAAGAAAGAUGGACCGGUAUGAUAAGUCCAAUAUUUUGUGGGAUAAGGAACACAUUUAUGAUGAACAGCCCCCCAAUGUUGAAGAGUGGGUUAAAAAUGUGUCUGCAGGCACACAGGACAUGCCUCCACCCCCAUCUGACUAUGCAGAAAGAGUUGACAGUCCGAUGGCCUACUCCUCCAAUGGCAAAGUGAAUGGCAAGCGAUCAUACCCAGAGUCUUUCUAUAAGUCAACGCCUCUGGUGCCUGAAGUGGCCCAGGAGAUUCCUCUGACCUCGUCUGUGGACGACUUCAGCCAGCCUCGGUACAGCAGCCAUGGUAACUUAGAGACGCCUUCUAAAAGGGCUCCCACGAAGGGGAAAGCAGGAAAGGGCAAGAGGACGGACCCCGACCACUAUGAAACAGACUACACGACGGGCGGGGAGUCCUGCGAGGAGCUGGAGGAGGACUGGGUCAGGGAAUAUCCACCUAUCACUUCAGAUCAACAAAGACAACUCUACAAGAGAAAUUUCGAUGCAGGUCUACAGGAGUAUAAGAGUUUACAGGCAGAACUGGACGAGGUCAAUAAAGAGCUCUCUCGUCUAGAUAAAGAGCUGGAUGACUACAGGGAGGAGAGCGAAGAGUACAUGGCUGCUGCUGAUGAAUAUAAUAGACUAAAGCAAGUUAAAGGAUCUGCAGAUUAUAAAAGUAAGAGGAAUUACUGCAAGGAGUUGAAGAGCAAAUUAUCGCACAUCAAGAGGAUGGUGGGAGACUAUGACAGACGGAAAACUUAGACAGAUGCCAGUUGCUGGAGAAGUGAGAGGUGCAUCUACCUACAUGAUGUCUCUGCAAUUCUCUCCAGAGGCAAACUGACUCUGGACUGUGGACUCUAAUCUGGGAGGUUAAAACUUUGUGAUCAUUACGAAGUUUCCAUAGCUUUAAUACCAUCAGUUUCCUAUCUCCAGUAUUGAAGCAUUUUAUAAAUGGCUUUUGAUAAUUGACUGGACUGAACAUUACAAUUAAGAAUUUUACAGUUUCAGCCGGGCAUGGUGGUGCAUGCCUUUAAUCCCAGUACUCGGGAGGCAGAG